AUGGCAGUGAGUCGUUAUGAGAGAGCUAAAAAUUGCAAACAUGUGAGUGUAGGCAGCACUGUUCCAUGGGAGGAGGGCUCUGCUCUCAACUUCCGACAAACUACAAAUCUGAACCUUCCCCCUGAAGACCUUGAUUCAUCUGGUGAUGAAGAUGAUGUAUUCUCAGGUUCAGGUGCAGGUCCUCUGACUGACCAGUCUCACACCUGGAGAAUCCCAGGAGAAUCAACUAAUUCUUCAGUACUGACAGCACCAGUGGAUUUCAGUGAACAGCCAUUUCCUGGGAUUGAGAGCAGAACUGAAAAAGAAGUAAUAUCUCCUUCUGCAACCAGUAAUCUGGUGACAGAGGAACCAGUUGUAGCUGUGAAGGAUGAAGUAUCCAUUCUGGGCUCACCUGAUAGGAAGCCAACAAGCCAUGUAGUCACAACAACAGUGAGAAGCCCCACUGCUCAUUUCCCUUCUGUGGUUCAUGUGACUCCUUCAGAAGCCCCUGCUGUGGUCCAUGAGCUUGAACCUAAAAUCCCCAGCUCUGAUGUGCCAGACACCAAGGGCGUGCCCAAGCCCCACUCUACUCUCCAUGGUGAGGGAGACAUCACUGCCACCCCGGCAGCCACAGCUCCCAAGGAUGUCAUUCCUACACAUGAGGAGGUUUCUGAAGAUGGCUCUGGAGACCCGGGAGACUUCAUCUUGACUAAAGAGGAUUUUGUGCCCACUCAGAACUCAGGAGUUCCGGCUGAUUCUGAGAGGAAUGCCAAAGCAGCAGGAACCUCAGGAAUUAUGGACAGGAAAGAAGUUCUUGGAGGUGUUAUUGCUGGAGGACUUGUAGGCUUGGUGUUUGCAGUGUUCCUAGUUGCAUUUAUGCUGUACAGAAUGAAGAAAAAAGAUGAAGGCAGCUAUUCACUGGAUGAACCAAAACAGUCAAACGGAGGAUACCAAAAACCACACAAACAAGAGGAAUUCUAUGCAUAAACACUGAUCUUCAGGACACUUCUUAUUCCAUCUUUCUUGGACUCUUCUCUCCCUGCACGUGGACCUCCUAGUGUGCUUUGCAUUAAACUUAAGCCAUAUGAUCAUUGGGUUAUUUGCCCUUACCACUUUGCCAUUGGAAAUUUUAUAACUACGAAGUAGAUCUGGAUUCAUGAUUCAUUGACCGUUCCCUGCUUUCUUGCACAACUUUUUUUUUUUUUUUAACAGAAUUGGAACUGCAAGUUCCUAAACUCACUUUGGUUUAUCUAAAGACUGCUGGGACAGGUAGUGGGGAGAAGAUAAGGGAGCACUGUAUAUAUAAAACUCUUGAUAUUUAGGGAAAGGGCUAGCAAGAAUAACCAAUUAUCAGUGCUCAAAUUCUGUAUAGCAGGGAUCCUUCCUAUUUAACUCAUAGAUGUGUUUUGAGUGUAACAAGUGGCUGUGCUGGGCAGACAUUUGGUACACUGCUAUUCUCUAGCUCUUUCUGACAGCUGUGUUUGGAGCACUUAAUGCCUAUGAAACAUCAAACUGAACUUGAUCUCUGCCAAAAGGAGGUGUGAGGGGCAGAGUAAAUAAAUGAUUAUGAUAUAAAAUAAUUUAUAUUUUGGAAGCAUUAUCCCAUACUCAGAACCAG